AUGUCGCCCAACAACUCCGAACACGCUGAGCAGGCUCGUCAGCGAGGCAAUGCACACUACAAAGCUUGUCAGUUUACUAAAGCCAUUGAAGCCUAUAAAACAGCUGCAGCGCUCCUUCCCGCGGACCCUACACCUUUAUCUAAUCUAUCCGCCGCUACCUUUGAAGCAGGGGACUACGAGAAAAGCGCACAAUACUCGAUCAACGCUCUAGCUCUCCUGGAGAGAGAUACCGAUGAUGAUCCACGAAAGCAAAAACUGCUUACACGUCUUACCAAGGCCAAGCGUUACCACUCCGGUCCUGAUGACUCUAUCGUCAAAGAGUCGCAUCGCACUGCCAUAUUGGGUUUACCGAGAUACAGGCCUUACCUGACCAACGACAGGAGCUACUACGCCUGUGGCCACGAUGUUCCGGAGUCUCAGUACGGCCAGACACUUCGGGGAACGACGAAGGAAACCGAAGUUGCAUCGUUUAUGUUUUGCGGGGUAGGCGAUGCUCGUAAUAUGCUACAAACGAUGAUACAUUAUCAUUUCGAAGGCCCUCAGUCUUCCGAGUCAAAUCAAAGGCUCCAUUUUACUAUUUUGGAUAUCAAACCUGCUACAAUCGCUCGGGAUUUGAUUUUAUUCGUCCUCUUGGACGACAUAUCUCACGCCAUGGGCUUAACAGACGAACACACCAUGAGCCAGGAGUUGUUUGAGACAAUCAGUGUUGCAUCAUAUCUUUAUGCCACCCAUGUGAUGCCCGCUUAUGCUUGGGACCGAAUUCAAGCUGUCAUUGAACGACUUCUAGACUCCUUUGACAAUUCCGAGCAACCAAUCUCCUGGGUUUACAUUCCUCUCGCGGUCCAGGUCGAUACUCGACCUAGUCUCGAAUCCUGGAGACUAGGGCCAACUGAAUCAUAUUCAACUCAACGUUUUCGCGAGCUCACAAAACAAGAUAACUUAUCAAGAAAGAUGGGGAAAAUGAGCACAUUUGGACGUCCUGAUCCAAACUCAUACACACCUUUUCCUCAACUUGAGUUAGAUCAGCGUGUCUAUGAAGACUUCUCAAUUGUCUUGCCUGAUGACCAUUUGCUAAUUGAGCAUGAUAUGGACCUAGUCAAGAUGAUCCGAAACUAUGUCAAAAACAAGGAUAGUAGCGAAAAGGCGCGUAUAUCUUCACACAUUGACAACACAUGGAAACCCAACAUCACCCUAGCGGACAUCGUGUGGGAGAAUGAAAACGCCGUGGCUGGACAUCUACCACACCCAGAAACGAGCUUUACACCGUUCGAAGUAUUCGGGAAUCUUAUGAAAGGCUUGGGUCAACCAGAAAGCACCAUAUCAGACGGGAAAAUGCUCAUGAACGUUGCGGAAUUUUAUUUUAUGAUGGUCGGUCAAGCCAUCCAUGGCCUUCGUGACCGUAUGUUGGUAGAGGUCUGCCUUGGGGAGAUGGCCGAUUGCCUCGAGAAAAUGCGAUAUCAAACUCUUUCACGUACCACAGAGACCAAAUCUAAGGAUUGCUUGUUAUUGUCAAAGCGACCCCACAAAUACCAUGUUAUCCACCUGAGCAAUAUUCCCGAUUAUGUUGGUGGUCCUCUCACGUCCUUUCUGUAUGGUGUGCCGCUCCUUGAGCAUGGUCCAGGAACAGGUGUUGUCUCAUGUAACCUCCGGAACCCAGCAUCAUUCAAAACCCUCUCUCAGUUUCUCUGCGAAUAUCUUGUUAUGUACGAUCUCAAAUUGGUCCAGUCUCACUUUCAUCUCAAACUAUCCCCAGCAACUCCCGAAAGUAGCGCAGGUCCGAUGCCCUCAAUGCAGUACUUCCUCUGGGAGCGUAUCCCACAGCAAUCCUUGACCUUUGAGCAGCGUAUGCCUCAACCAAAGCUUUUACACUGGCUCUACACACAUUUCCUUAAAAUAUGUGUGCCUUAUCCACGUGUCAGGGGUGACAGUGAUCUAGCACUCAUUUUCGCUCCGCUCAAUAUGACUGCGUUUCUUCGCUUGUUGAAGCACGUGUCUGAAUUGGGAUACCCAGCUCACUGGAUCUCGAAUUUGAUCGACUCCAUCUUUUCGGGCAAGAUCACCACCACUGCCCGCCCGCCACUGCAACAGUAUUGCAUCAUAGGUUCUUACAACCAAAGAUGUCGACACAUCUUACCCAGCACAAUCCUUUUGUACGACACCGUGGCUUUUGGAGUUCGCGACCCUGACCGGACUAUGGCGCUCCCUUCUGAACAGGAUAUUGUACAGUAUACCGUCAAGUUUCCUGAUUUGAACGUAUGCGACGGUCAAGUGCCACACUCGAUGCUGGUUUUCCAUGAUGAACAGACCUUUGGACAGCCACCUAAAUGUUUACGACCAUUUCUAAUUGAUGAUAUAACGGACAUGGACUCGAAAUUGCUUGAGCUCAGAGAUAGGGGCCUACGGUGUAUGAGCACCUUCCAUUUGAAUGUCAACGCACAGGAAGUCACAUUUUGGAUGUCUAAAGAUAUUUUUGAAGAGAUGAAAGAGUGGAACGUUUCUAUCUGGAGAACUGAUGUAUGGGAGCAAGAGGAUAAAGGGUUGAAGUUAGGCGACGCGGUCAUAAAGAAGAGGUCUUGGGAAGAGUGGAAAGAUCACCGAGCGUGA